CACAGACCAUCUCACUACAUAAACCUGAAUGACAUCACAGCCGUACGGAGCCGGGCUAAUAAAUCCAAAGUAUCCAGAGCAGGAGGGGGCACUGCCAGGAUUCCGCUGACUUCUUCAAUGUGCUGCAGGGAUCAUCCCCAUCAUCCUCACUACUCCCAUCAUCCCCAGUGCACCUCCCCUAUUAUCCUCUCUUCCCACUUGGAGAAAGCGAGUCCCCGGUUACCAUGGUGAUCCAGCUGAAAGUGGAGAAUAUUUAACAAGGGGGAGGCUGGAGGCAGCAGGCAGACACACUGGUGCCAUCAGGACUGGAGAAGAGACAGGACUUGAGCGGCUUGUGCUGAACUGCAAUGAGAGGGGGGGACCCUCCAACUUGUCCAGACCCCUCAGCCCCUCUGAUGUAUCAUUUAUGAGCUCUGACAAGACAGGAUAGUCCCGGGUCACAGCUCCUGCAGCAUGGAUCAGUCCCAGUGCCUUGUGACUAUCUAUGCCCUGGUGGUCUUCUUGGGACUCCGGAUAGACCAGGUUGUGUGCCAGCAUUACCUACACAUCAGACCCGCUCCUAGUGAGAAGCUGCCCCUGGUGGAUCUUAUCGAGCACCCGGACCCUAUCUUCGACCCCAAGGAGAAGGAUCUGAACGAGACCGAGCUGAGGACUCUCUUGGGGGGACACUUUGACUCCAACUUUAUGGCCAUCCACUUACCUGAGGACAGACUGGGAGUGGAGGACCUGGCAGAGCUUGACCUCCUCCUGAGGCAGAAGCCCUCGGGGGCAAUGCCAGCUGAAAUCAAGGGGCUGGAGUUUUAUGAGGGUCUUCAAGGCAAGAAGCACAGACUGAGUAAGAAACUGAGAAGGAAGCUUCAGAUGUGGCUCUGGUCCCAAACCUUCUGCCCGGUCCUAUACACGUGGAAUGACUUGGGCAUCAGAUUUUGGCCCCGCUACAUGAAAGUGGGCAGCUGCUACACUAAGAGGUCUUGUUCUGUGCCGGAGGGGAUGGUUUGUAAGGUCUCCAAGUCCAUGCAUCUGACCAUCUUAAGGUGGAGAUGUCAGCGAAGGCUGAACCAGCGCUGUACGUGGAUACCCAUACAGUACCCUGUCAUUUCUGAGUGCAAGUGCUCCUGCUAGGGACAUCAUUGGUGGGGGGCAAAGACAAGACAAGUGCCCCUGCUAGGGACAUCAUUGGUGGGGGGCAAAGACAAGACAAGUGCCCCUGCUAGGGACCUCCAUGGGUGAGGGGCAAAGACAAGACAAGUGCCCCUGCUAGGGACCUCCAUGGGUGAGGGGCAAAGACAAGACAAGUGCCCCUGCUAGGGACCUCCAUGGGUGAGGGGCAAAGACAAGACAAGUGCCCCUGCUAGGGACCUCCAUUGGUGGGGGGCAAAGACAUGACAAGUGCCCCUGCUAGGGACCUCCAUUGGUCGAAGGCAAAGACAAGACAAGUGCCCCUGCUAGGGACCUCCAUUGGUGGGGGGCAAAGACAUGACAAAUGCCCCUGCUAGGGACCUCCAUUGGUGGGGGGCAAAGACAUGACAAAUGCCCCUGCUAGGGACCUCCAUUGGUGGGGGGCAAAGACAAGACAAGUGCCCCUGCUAGGGACCUCCAUUGGUGGGGGGCAAAGACAAGACAAGUGCCCCUGCUAGGGACCUCCAUGAGUGCAGGGCAAAGACAAGACAAGGCUUUCUGGUUAAUGUUGUUAUGCACUGUAAUAUUGUAGGAAUGUAUAUGUCUGUAUAUAUGGUACCCGUUUAAAUUACUAUUAAAAAAACAAAAGGUCAGUAUUAUUCUCUUAAAAAACAAAACAAAAAAAUAACCAGCGUCUACUGCAUUUCCCAGGCAAUGUUAUCUGGUUCAUUUCUACUUUUUAUUAUUUUAUAAUUAUUAUUAUUAUAAUUAUUAAUUAUUAUUAUUAUGUUGCCUAAUGUAUCUGUAUUUAUAUACAAAGAGCACUUCGCGUGGCGAAGCAUUUUGUUUUUGUUUUUUUUGUUUUUUUUUUGUUUAAAUUUUUAUUUUUUAUUAAUAUUAUUAGAGAUGCUAUUUCCAUUAUUUGGGAAAUUGCCUUUGAUGGACCUCAGAUUAAAAAAAAAAAUAAUUUACUUUUCAGCUACUGUACAUACAGAGAACGCAUUUUUUUUUUUUUUUGGGAGUCGAAAAAAGAACUAAUCUUGUAAAUGAAGACUAUCUGCUAUUUAUUCUUUUAUUUUUAUCUCUUUGUAGUAAAGAAACAGUGCAGAUUAGAA